AGCCUUAUCCAAUCAGAUUUGACAGAGCUCUAUUUGAAAGCUGACCCUCGCAGCUGUUUUGCUGGUUCCUGGUGUUUUAGCUGUUAUUUGUUGGAGCUUAAUUAAAGUGCUGUUUUAUCAUCGCCUCAGUGGAAACAUGUCUGUGGACGCUCGGCUGCUGCCUCUCCCACCUGCUGAUAAACCAGUAAAGAUGCCUAAACUCACAGCAGCCUCGAGGAGAGCUGCUCUAGGAGAGAUCACCAACAAGAGGGCCGGACCAGCCGGCACCACAGCCAGAGCGUGUGAGACGGCGUCAGUGAAGGCACCUGUGGUUCAAGUCGCUGCAGAACUUCCUUCGCUUUCAGAAGCUCCGGCCGACGUGUCCAUGGAGGAGGAGCAGGAGCUGUGCCAGGCGUUCUCCGAGACUCUGCUAGAUGUUCCAGAUGUCGACGCGCAAGACGCCGACGAGCCCCAGCUCUGCUCUGAAUAUGUCAAAGACAUUUAUAGCUACCUGCACACCCUGGAGGUGCAGCAGGCCGUGCGCGCGAACUACAUGCGCGGCUACGAAAUCACCGAACGCAUGCGCGCCCUUCUGGUCGACUGGCUGGUCCAGGUUCACGCCAUGUUCCGUCUGCUGCAGGAGACGCUGUACCUCAGCGUUGCCGUCCUGGACCGGUUCCUGCAGGUCCAGCCGGUGCCUCGCAGGAAGCUGCAGCUCGUGGGCGUGACCGCCAUGCUGGUGGCCUGCAAGUACGAGGAGAUGUACGCGCCCGAGGUGGGAGACUUCGCACACGUCACGGACAACGCGUUUUCCACGGCUCAGAUACUGGAGAUGGAGCGAGUGCUGUUGAAGAGGCUUAAUUUCCAACUGGGGCGUCCGCUCCCACUACACUUCCUCAGACGGGCUUCAAAGGUGGCAAACUGUGACGUAGGGAUCCACACCCUGGCAAAGUACUUGAUGGAGCUCACGCUCCUUGACUACGACAUGGUCCACUAUCGGCCCUCUGAAAUCGCUGCUGCGUCCCUGUGUCUUUCCCAGUUGCUGCUUGAAGAGCGGCCAUGGUCAUUCGACCGUCUCUCCUGUGGCCUCAGUCGCCAACGCAGCAGCACUACUCGACGUACAAUGACGCCCACUUGGAGCCGAUCAUGCAGCACAUUGCCAAAAACAUUAAUGCUGUGAAUGAGGGCAAAACAAAGUUCCUGGCUGUGAAGAGCAAAUACUCCAGCAGCAAGUUGAUGAAGAUCAGCCUCAUUCCUCAGCUGAAGUCCUCGAUCGUCAAGAACAUGGCAGCUUCUCUGCUCAUCAGUCACUGAGUGGAAGCUCCUCUACAGCACCCUGUUACUUGCACUUUAGUCCCAGAAUUUCAUGUGGAUAAGGUUCCAAUUUUUUUUAAUAAAUGAUUUUGGCUUUUAAA